ACUAAAUUAAAUCCCUAAUAAUAUAUAAUUUUAUCAAUCCUUUAUAAAUGAAGCUCCUAAAGCCCAGCUGGGUAAAUCACGAUGAGAAACCUAUAUUUUCUGUGGACAUACAUCCCACUGGGAAGCGAUUCGCGACAGGAGGACAAGGCGGGGACUCGGGACGGGUGGUGGUUUGGAACCUAAACUCUGUUUUAUAUGAGGAGGUAGAACUGGACCUAAAUGUGCCUAAAAUGCUUUGUCAAAUGGAUAAUCACUUAGCAUGCGUAAACUGUGUACGAUGGAGCAAUGGUGGCAAGUACCUGGCAUCAGGUGGUGAUGACAGACUGGUUAUGGUGUGGGGCCUCAGUGUGGUGGCUGGAGCUACGGGGAAACACAAAGCAGAAACCUGGAGGUGUCUGAGCACUCUGAGAGGACAUGCAGGUGAUGUACUGGAUCUGGCAUGGUCACCUCUAGACAAGUGGUUGGCAAGUUGCAGUGUCGACAACACUAUCAUCAUUUGGAAUGCGGAGAAGUUUCCAGAAAUGGUGUGUGUUCUGAAUGGACACACUGGUCUUGUGAAAGGUGUUGCUUGGGACCCAGUUGGAAAAUUUUUGGCUUCACAAUCUGAUGAUAAAUCACUAAGGGUUUGGAAAACUGCAGAUUGGUCUCAGGAAACCAUAAUUACUGAACCCUUCGAGGAAUGUGGAGGUACGACCCACGUGCUGCGCCUGUCCUGGUCACCCGACGGCCAGUACGUUCUGUCUGCGCACGCGAUGAACGGUGGCGGUCCCACUGCCCAGGUUGUGGAGCGUGAGGGCUGGCGGCGUGACAAGGACUUCGUGGGCCACAGGAAGGCGGUCACUUGCGCUCGCUUCAACAGCAAUAUUUUCGUGAAGGAAGGCAAGAAGUGCUGCUGUGCCGCCGUAGGGUCCCGCGACCGUGCGCUGUCCAUUUGGCUGACGUCACUCAAACGGCCUCUCGUGGUAGUACACGAGUUGUUCAGUGACAGCGUGCUGGAUUUGUCCUGGAGUUCUGACGGCUUAAAUCUUUUGGCGUGCAGUUCAGAUGGUACAGUCGCCUGCAUACAGUUUACGAAUAAAGAAAUCGGUACACCACUCACUGUAGACGAAAAGAACUCCUUUUACGAGAAAAUAUAUGGCAAAUGCUUGGCCAACGAAUCAGGUGGCGAUUUGUCUUCCAACUUGUUGGUGGAAUGUCCUGAGAUUCUAUUGGCCCGGGAGAAACAGGAAGCGAAGAAGGAACCUCCAAAGGAGGAAUCAACGCCCAAGAGUGAUAAGACACAGUUUAAACCAGUACUAACGCCGUCGCCAACCGUAUCGCGCGAUACCCCUCUUCGGCCGAUGGACAGACAGAUAGAAACCAGAACUUCGGACGGCAAACGGCGGAUCACUCCUGUAUUCAUCCCACUCACUAGUGUAGACGCCAACGAGUCCCUUGGAUCUCAACCAGCUACCGAGAGCUGUUUCAGCACAUCAUCUCAGAGCAAGUCGCGGAUCCGCGUAGAGAGGCGAGACGAUAUCGUCAUACACCCCAACGUGAGCAACCACGCUACAGCCCCAAAGAGUGACACUGGACUAGACCAGCGUCUUCGGAAGCGCACAGCAUCUUCCCUCCCUGGACCCAAAGCGGACGAGUUAGAAGUGAAGAGAUCGUGUGCCUCUCCCCCCUCCACGCCACCCACUACUACUACAAACGCUAGUGUCCUUGCCCCGGCUCUGCCCGCACCGGCUUUGGGCACCGCCGGGCCAGUGGUGAGGGCCGCGGGGGCUCUGAGACUCCAGGUGGUGAAUAAAGCGUGCAACACAUACUACGGCACUCUGUCCCGGCUGGAAUUGAUACCGAAUAAUUCCGCGUCCAAUGAUCCAGUAUGGGAAACAUAUUUGGGUUCGCCGGUGACGAGUAUCGCGUGCGACGCGCGCUGGGCGUGCGUUGCGUGCGUGGACGGCAGCCUGCACGUGUGGACGCUGUCGAAGGUCAACGCACAACGCGCGUUACCGCCAAUCGCUCUAACAUCCCAAGCAGCCAAAUUGACUCUAUCAGGAGACACAUUGGCCGUGGUCACAACAUCUGCUACACUGGCGAUAUGGGACCUCGCCAAUGCUUCCUGCGUCAUACGACCACUGUGCUUCAGGAAUUUACUUACUCAUGGGGUGUCUGUGACAAGCUGUUCUCUCUUGGAUGAUGGAAACCCGAUGAUCUCACUAAGCAACGGAAAAAGUUUUAUUUAUUGCAAGAAGUUAUACUCCUGGGUUAUAUGGUCUGAUGCGGGGGACCCUGUGAGGCGUGCGGGUGGAGGGGCGGGGCCCCGGGCGCCCACGCGUGCCUCAAGGCCCCCGCCGGCUGUGCCCACGCCUGGUCGCGCAAAAGCGCUAACGGGCGCGGCGCGGAGCUGGCUCGAAGCGCAAGUAUCGGCGUGCCUACAUCUGAGGCUGGCGUCCGACUACCGGCAUUGGAUAACCGCGCUCUUCGAACACCUGCUGCAUCACGGUACUGAAGAUCAGUUAAGAAACAUAUUGGACGAUUUGCUCGGACCCAGUCACUGCACAUCGACACCUAAAAUAUGGCAGAAUACCAUAUUGGGUAUCAGAAAACACGAUCUUCUAGAAGAGAUGCUGUCACUCUUGGUGCGACAACUACGGUGGCAACGACUCUACACAGAAUACCAGGAUCAGCUCAGCAGCCUCAAACAAACCAGCGCUAUGGUCAAUGGACACUAGCGAUGCUUAGUCAGUUUGAAAAAUUGCUGGAAAUAUAGCCCAGCAAUAAAAAAUCAAUGAAUGAUAAAAAAAAAACAUUAAUGGUUAAAUAGGCUUUUUUGGUUGUGCUCUACAUAAAUUGCUGAAAACACAGCAAUUAAAGAAGAAGAAGAAGUUGAGUGCCUAAAACAGUUGAUGGGGAUAUAGCUCAGAAUCACAUUACGGUAAACAAUCAAUCACAAUAUCAUGCUUUUAAUAAAGGACUAUAAAAAUGCAAGCACAGCAAUAAGAGCAAAACAGUUGUUUGAUAACACAUGUUUGCUGAGUUCCAAGAAAAGGCGUUGGUGAUAUAGCCCAGCAUUAAAGAAUCACAUUAUAGUAAACAAUCAAUCACAUAAUGGUUUUAUUAGAUGAUAGUAUUGUGGUAUAUAAAAAUUGCUGCAAGUAUUGCUGGAAAUAUAUCCCAGCAAUAAAGUAAAGCAGUGUUAUACUUUGCCAGAGAGCAAUACAAGUUUCUGAUGUGUUAGCUUAGAAAUCAAGGAUAUUUUUUUAUUUAUUAAUUUCCGUAGACACAGCAAUUUGGCGGCUAUAGCUGCAACUAAAGUUUUGUAAGACAACUUAUGAAUAAAAAACAAUUUCUAUUCAGCACUAUUGUCUACUAAUAGCCCAUGAAAUAAAUUUAUUAAAAAUGAAAAAAAAAAAAGAAUCGCAAACCAAAUCAAGUUUUAACUGAAGGUCAAAAAACAUAGGUAAUAAGUAAACUUAAGAAAUAAUAAUGUAUGGAAGAAAUUGUUGAAAUUUUUUUUGUAUAAACGUAAUUAUUAGAAACAAGAAAUUUUUAAACACACACUGACUAUAAAAACAAUGAAUUAUCAAUCAUCAAUCUAUUUUUAUCAUAGAGUUUUUAAUCACACGAAUGACAUCACUAUUUAUGUGGAGUUUAUAUAUAUUUAUCUUCAAUCAUAUCUCAAAAUCCUCAAAAGCACAGUAAAUAAUAAUAUAUAAAAUUACAACGACUUUAAAGAAGUUCCAAAAUACUUUUUUUUUAAUUUUCUAACAUAAAUCAUUAGAAACGAACAAGAAAAAUGUGUUCGCGAUAUAAUUUAAGUAAGAUAUGUUAUGCAUUACUAACUACUCCAUACUCCUUAAUCCCCAGUCAGGAUUUUGAGAUAGAAUCUGCUUCCGAACCGGUGGUAGAGUCACUACAAACAGACAGACUUGACGUUUCAAAACUGAAAAAAAUGAAUUUAAAAUUUUAGAUUUUUUUUUAACAUUUUCCAAAAUUAGAUGCAUAAUCCAGUAACCUAGAAUAAUUCUAAUUUCUCAAGUAACACUUAAAGAUAUUCCAAAACUAGAUGCAACCUACAAUAGCUCUCCCAACGUUUUUUUAAAUUUUUUUUUGUUGAUUUUUUUUAUCUUUAUGAAAAAUAAAAAUU